UACUGAUACAAUUGGCUACCUUUCCAUGAGAUAAAAAAGGACGCGACUGUCUUUCUGCAACAAAGUGUUUGCAUACGAGUCCGAAUAUUUCCCACAUUCCUUUGGAAAGAGCAAACCGCUCCGAUUUAGAUACGAGUGAUAAAACACCUCAGUUCCCAAGAAAUAUCACUAAUAAAAGUCGUCAGUAAAGAGAUUAUCUAUAAGGUCACUUUAAAAGUGGUAGUUUUGGCCAUUCAGCAUGAACGCCGCUGAGAAAAUACAGGAAGAAAGGGCGUAUUUUCUCUCUGUCAUAAAUACCUUUAUGAGCUACAGAGAAGAAUCGCACAAAAGAAUAGCCCAACGAGAACAAUCACUGGAUUCCUUGCCACAACACCACAAAAAAUGGCUAUCCGAAUACAUCGAAGGAUUAGAAAAACUGAAACAGUGCGUCGAUAAGAACGCGGAAUUCAUACCGCAAGUCCUAAAGCACGCUUAUACAAUGUUCGACAAUGUGUACUCUACCAUGGAAGUGGCUCAGGCUGAAGAAGUGGGAACAUUGGCCGAAGGUUUGGACAAAGUUCAAUCAGUUUUCAAGCAACUGAUGCGGGACUGGAGCUCUUUAGGCGCAAGUGAAAGAGAACAGUGCUACCAGCCAAUAAUCAAGGAAAUCGUGGAAAACUUCCCAGCAGAAACCUGUGAUAGAAGUACGAUUCAAGUGUUAGUGCCGGGGGCAGGGCUCGGACGAUUGGCCUUUGAAAUCGCCUCCAGAGGCUUCAGAUGUCAGGGCAACGAAUUCAAUUUGUUCAUGUUAAUCGUCUCCUUUUAUGUACUGAAUCUCUGUUCCAACGUCGAUGAGUAUGUGAUAUAUCCCUGGAUUCAUCAAUAUUGCAACAAUCACAGCAUUGAGGAUCAGAUGACUAGUGCCAGUUUUCCCGAUGUGAAGCCGAGACCAUCGCCUGACAGUAGUUUUUCCAUGACUGCAGGUGAUUUUCUCGAAGUGUACACAACGAAAGAGGAGUGGGAUUGUGUAGCGACGUGCUUCUUUAUCGAUUGUGCCCCAAAUGUGGUGCAAUUCAUAGAAACGAUAUUCGAAAUAUUGAAACCUGGCGGCCUGUGGAUCAAUCUGGGUCCUCUGCUCUACCACUAUGCGGACGUGCGGAACGAGAAGAGCAUCGAGCCCAGCUUUAAGGUCGUCUGCGACGUGAUCCAAAAGGUGGGUUUUCGCAUGGAAAAAUGUGAAACGGGAGUGAAAACCAGAUAUUGCCAAAACCCGUUUUCGAUGGUUCAGUACGAGUACGACAGCGUUUUCUUCGUGUGCAGAAAACCGACCAUUCCCGCCACCGAAACGCUUUAGUUUCAAUUGAAUUCACUUUUCAUCUCAUUACUACUAGUUCAUUUAGGUCAAUUCAAUUCUGGCAAUUUGUAUGGCCCCUUAUGUUGCAUUAAGUGAUUACAAUAAGUGAUAUUUGAGAGGAAACAAUAAAAUAUAAAUAAAGGGUUUAUUGAAAAUA